UCUUUCAAAUAGAAUUCAUCUGGUCAAACCUCUCCCCACAAAUCCAUCUCUAUUUAAAGGGUUCAAAAUGCAUGCAUUUGAUUCAUCACAUUCCCCUCCCAACCUCUCCACUUCAUUCCAAUCCCAAAGGAACAAAGAUGUUCAGACCACUUUUCAUUUCCUGCCUGCUCAUUUCCUUCGGCGGACUCGCGUCGAGCCACCCUGAAGAAUUAGAAGUCUUCUUCCAAUUCUUCUUCAAAGUCUACAAAAACGGCACGAUCGAGAAACUAGACGGGAGCGGCCUUGACGUCCCCGCGUCUCUGGAUUCCGAUACGGGCGUCCAGAGCAAAGACAUUGUGAUUUCCCCAGAAACCAACGUCUCUGCCCGCCUUUACGCGACGAAAGACGCCAGCUCCAAGGGCGGAGUCCCGCUCCUCGUUUACUUUCACGGGGGAGGGUUUUCCACCGGCACCGCUGCUUAUUUUGCCUUUCACCAGUUCGUGAAUUCCGUCGUUGCGAAAGGUAAAGUCGUGGCGGUUUCCGUUAGCUACAGAUUGGCCCCUGAGCAUUGUCUGCCGAUCGGUUAUGAUGAUUCGUGGGCGGCCGUUAAGUGGGUUGCUUCUCAUGCUGGUGGAGGCGGCAGCGAACCGUGGCUGACGGAGAGGGUUGAUUUUAACCGCGUUUAUUUCCUGGGAGAAAGUGCAGGUGCUAACAUAGCCCACAACGUGGCAAUGCGGUUCGGGUCGGAAAAACUGGACGGUGUCGAACUCAAGGGCAUUGUUUUGAUCCACCCAUAUUUCUUGCUAAAGGAACCAACCACGUCUCUGCUGGCUGUGAAUGAAGAGAUGAGGAGCAACAUCACCAAGCUAUGGUCCUACGUGUGCCCCUCCAACACCGGACCUUCCGACCCGCGGGUCAACCCGGUAGCGGAUCCCGAUUUGGGCAAAUUAGGGUGCAAGAGAGUCUUGGUUUGUCUCGCUGAGAGAGACCCAUUGGUAGAUGCUGGGAAAAAGUACGCAGAAGCAUUGCGCGGGAGAGGGGGAAAGGAUGUGGAGAUUUUUGUGAGCAGAGGGAAAACUCAUGUGUUUCAUUUGAGGGAGCAAGAUUCUAAGGAGGCUUCGGACUUGAUUGAUCGAGUGGUUUCUUUCGUGAAUUGUUGAAAUUAAGUCGGAAAAAAGACUCGUCAUCAUGUGGUUGAACCGGAGAAUAUUAUAAAGGCUUAUAAAGCACUGUUGUAGGGA